AUGUGGUUCAAAAGUUACCUCGCAAGACAUACCUCGUCCCAUCAGUCCACAUCUGCCACCACCCCCGACGAAACAUUCAACAUCCCAUCACCCGAGCGUCAGCACCUCCUAUCUGACCUCCGCAAAACCACGGAAAAAGACACCGUCCCAGCAACCUUUUGGGCAUGCCUCCAAGUAUGCAACAUCUCAAAACUCCGCCAAAUCGUGAACGACGCCAAAACCGGAGUUCUACAUGAUUAUCUUGACACACUCCAAGACUGCUGUCGCACAAUACCCCUCCACUGGAUAAAGCGCCCAUAUGGCUGGAACCUAACCUCAGGCUGGAAGUCGAAUCCAAGCUGGAGCGCACCUGCUUCACCUAAUGAACACGCGUUAUCACCCAGUGAUAUUGCCCUAGAGCGCGAUAGGAAACGUUGCUUUAUGACUGAGAUUCCGUCUGUUGUUACGCCUAUAUACCCGCAGAGCAUGAUUGAGCCUUAUUCCGCGGGAGCCACGGCUAGCUCCGUUGCUGAGUUCUGGAAAACGUUGGAGUUCUUUUUUGACGAGGACCGCUUGCGUCGCCGGUAG